GCGGCGUCACUAACGAGGAAGUGCAGUAGCCAUGUCAAUGUGAACCACCAGCAGAUACAGUAUAUCUACUUUUUUUUUUUUUAAUCAAUAAAUUGUGUUUACAUGUCGAACUGAUAUGGCCUGUUUCUUCAGGAGGAGUAUUGCAGCAAAGCUCGGGAGGACUUUGCAGCAGUCUGAAGAUGCCUUCAUCACAGCUCUGUCAGCAGUUCCAGUUUUUAAGAAACAGCAGAGUGCUGACUUCAAAUUGCCCAUCGGCACAUUACGAAUCAGUGGGAUUUUACCGUCCAAUGUUGACAUCCAGCAGCAGACAGAAACCUUGGCCAAUCAGCUGGAGCAGGACAGUGUGGUGGAGGAGAUAUCGGCUGGACCUGGAGUGAUACAUUUCAAGGUUAAUCGCAAACUUCUUGUCCAGAAAAUGUUGGAGCUGUUUGGAAAAGACGAGGAUGACAAAUUUGGGUUCAACAGUGAACUCAACAGUCUAAAGAGAGGAACAACUUUAGUUGAGUAUAGCUCUCCAAAUAUUGCCAAGAAAUUUCACGCUGGACAUCUGCGCUCUACAAUUAUUGGUAACUUCAUCGCUAACUUAAAGCAGUCGCUUGGACACGAUGUUAUUCGAAUGAACUAUCUCGGAGACUGGGGGAUGCAGUUUGGUUUGCUGGGAGCUGGGUUCAGUCAGUUUGGAUGUCAGGAAAAACUGAAACAGAAUCCCUUACAGCAUUUAUUUGAGGUUUACGUCCAGGUGAACAAGGAAGCAGAGCACAAUGAAGAUAUGAAACAGGCCGCCAGAGAUUUCUUUAGACAGCUGGAGCAGCACGAGGGGGAAGCUGUGUCGUUAUGGCAACAGUUCAGAGAGAUCACAGUGGUCGAGUAUCAACGUGUGUACAAGAGGUUGGGCGUCCACUUUGAUGUUUACUCCGGAGAGUCUUUUCACCAGGACCGGGCCCAGGAGGAGGUGCAGCAGCUGCAGAAUCAAGGCCUGCUGAAAACCUCUAAAAGAGGAACAGGUGUAGUGGAUCUCUCACCUGCUGGAGACAUGAGCAGCGUCUGCACGGUGCUCCGCAGUGACGGCACAACUCUCUACAUCACCAGAGAUCUCGCUGCAGCGAUCGACCGAAAAGAAAAGUAUCAUUUCAAUGAGAUGAUUUACGUGACGGAUAAGAGUCAAGCGAAUCACUUCAGCCAGCUGUUCCAGAUCCUGCUAUCUGCGGGACAUUCUUGGGCUGACAGUUGUCAACAUGUGCCCUUUGGCCUGGUGCGGGGUAUGAAGACCCGGAGCGGUGAGGUGGUGUUUCUGGAGGAUGUGCUGGAUGAAGCUCGAUCCAGAAUGCUCCACAACAUGAGCCGCUCGACAACGACAAAGGAACUGGAAAAUCCAGAGGACACGGCAGAGAAAGUAGGAAUCAGUGCGCUAAUAGUCCAGGACUUCAAAGGUCCCCUGCAGUCCGACUACUCGUUCGACUGGGAGCGGAUGCUGCAGGCUCAGGGAGACACAGGAGUGUUCCUCCAGUACACACAUGCUCGACUCUGCAGUUUAAUACGGAGGAAUGAAGAAGCCCAGGCAGCCAUAUUUGAUCCAUCUCUUCUGCUGGAGCAGACGAGUGUAAGCAUCCUGCAGCACCUCCUUCGUUAUGAUGAAGUGUUGUUCCAGUCAGUCCAGGAUCUGCAGCCCAAACACCUGGUCAACUUUUUAUUGAAGCUGAGCCACCUGAUCGCCUCUGCACACAGAGAGCUGCCGGUGAAAGGAAGCCAUCAGGAUGUUGCACAGGCCAGGUUGCGACUGUUCAGUGCGGCCUGCUCAGUCCUGGCUAACGGGAUGAGGAUCCUGGGAAUCACACCGGUUGAUAAGAUGUGAACCUCAACACAGUUUGUUAUCACUUAAUCCGUGUCAUUUCACUGCUGUAUUGUUUUUUUUUUAUUGUAAAUUAAAAAUCUAUUUUAAAA